UUUUUUCAGAUCGUAGUUUUUGUUGCUCUCAUCGCCAUUGCUCUCGCAGCACCACCAGUUCAGCCCCAAGCGGCAGUGGUCGUUAACGAAACUCCCUCUGACAAUGUCGGUCUUGGCUCUUACAAUUAUGGAUACCAACUUUCUGAUGGACAGGCAAAACAGGAAACUGCAGAAGUAGUAGAAGGUGGAACUGAGGGUCCAUUCUUGAAAGUUCACGGCAGCUUUUCCUUCGUUGAUCCACUGACAAAUGUUGCAUACACUGUCAAUUAUGUUGCUGACGAAACUGGCUUCCACCCUCACGGAGAACAUUUACCCAGCCUCUAA